AUGGACGCGUUAGUUGAGAGUUUAUUAAAAGCUAAUCUCGAUGAUGAACAAGAACCGUCAAGAACAGCUCAUGCUUCAGAUGCUUCCGAUGAAGAAUCUAAUGUCUCCUCAUCACGAAAUAAUACUGUAGAGGCACCACCGCAACAUGGUGGCCCACAAACAGGUCCUAAAGGAGUUUUGGCAGAUCAUAGAUAUCAUAAACAACAAGUAAAGCAACAAAAGGCUUUUGCUAUAAUUGCACAUAAUGAACGUAUGAUGUCAAAAGCUUUUACCACCACAACAUACCAAGAAGACCAAGAAAUAAAAGCUCAAGAGAACCUAUUAAAAGAAUUAGAAGAUAUUAGCUCGGACGAUGAAGUUUUAAAAAAAUAUCGGGAUCAAAGAUUAAAUGAGAUAAAAGACGCGACAAAUACUAAUAAAUCAUUAAAAAAAAGAUUUGGUAGCUUAAAAGAAAUAUCUUCUAACCAAUACGUCAAAGCCAUCGACAAUGAAGCAUCUAAUGUUUGUGUUAUUGUACAUUUAUAUGAAAAUUCAAAUCCACAAUGUAGGUUAUUAAAUGAAUGUUUAAUCUACUUGGCUCGAAAAUUUGUUGGAGCUAAAUUUCUCAGAAUUCUCGCACAUGAUUUAGAAUUUGAUCCAAUUGGUUUACCUGCUUUAUUAGUUUACAAAAAUGGUGAAUUAAUUGCUAAUUUGGUUAAAAUAACUGAAGAAAUUGGGGAGACAAAUUUUGAUUCAGAUAUUGUAGAAGAAGUGUUAAUCAGAUAUGGUGCAAUUAACGUAAAUGAAGAUAUUGACGAUUUAUUAUUCAAAGAUAAUUCGGUUUCUCGAAUUUUUGGAACUGGUAAACAUGAUGAUGAUGAUUAUUAUGAUGAUUAG